AUAUAUAUAUAUAACAGCGCUGUAGCCGCAUGCAUUUACCCAAAUCCCACGACGUAGACAGAGGCUACCGACAACCCGAAGGGAACGAUAUUCAUGACGAUGACGCCCUUGUCACUGUCAUUUUCGAGUCUGUUAAAGAAUAAGGAUUCUCUGCAGAAGUUUUUCAAUUGCUACAAUGCCUUCCACGCGCAGCACGACCUACCACGGUACUUCGGAAACCGAACGCCGUGGAAGAAGGCUCGGUUAUGGGAGCGAAAUUUCAGUACGGUGUCCCGCAGUAGGUUCGUCGGGUUGGCGGAACAAGCCUGUACCAAAAACUAUGCGAAGGAAGCUACUAUGUGUACCACUUCUGCAAGUGGCCAAGACAUGACCAACUGGUUGUGGUCUAUUUACAACGAAACCAAAAAACAGACCGAAGCCCUGAUCCCUGUGAUAUCUAAGAACAGUGUGAACCCCGACACCAUCUUUGCCAACAACGAGAUGAGUCUGGGUGACAUCGAGAUCUAUGGGUUUGACUAUGACUACACUCUGGCCUUCUACUCCAGACACCUCCACACCCUUAUCUUUAACAUCGCCAGGGACAUCCUCAUCCAGGAGCACAGGUACCCAGAGGGCUUGCGAGAGUACGAGUACAUACCUAACUUUGUUGUCAGAGGACUGCACUAUGAUGUCCAAAAGGCUUUACUGAUGAAGAUCGAUGCCUUUCACUACAUACAGCUGGGAACCGUAUACAGGGGUCUUCACCCGGUACCAGACAAGGAGGUGAUUGCCAUGUAUAAUGGCUGCCAUGUCCCUCUGGAGAAUAUGAGUGACUUCUAUGGCAAGAGUUCCCAUGGCCACACAAUGAAACAAUUCAUGGACAUCUUUUCCCUCCCAGAGAUGAACCUUCUGUGCUCUGUUAACGACUACUUCAUGAAGCACAAUAUCGACUACGAGCCCGUCCACCUCUACAAAGACGUCAAGGAAGCGAUAGGAGAUGUUCAUGUCAAGGGUAUUAUGUAUCGGGCUGUGGAGGCAGAUAUCGAGAACUAUAUUUCCUAUGGAGAACAGACUCAUGCUGUGUUGAAGAAGCUUUAUGAGGAUGGGAAGAAGAUGUUCCUCAUCACUAACAGCCCCUUUGACUUUGUGGAUCGGGGAAUGAACUACAUCGUGGGGAAGGACUGGAGAGAUCUGUUUGACAUUGUCAUCGUACAGGCCGACAAACCUGGCUUCUUCAACGACAGGAGAAAGCCCUUCAGGCGAGUGACAGAUAAAGGGGUGCUGCAUUGGGACAGGAUUCACAAGCUGGAGAAGGGGAAGAUCUAUAAACAGGGAAACCUCUAUGAGUUCCUGAGAUUGACUGGCUGGAGGGGGUCCAAGGUGUUGUACUUUGGAGAUCACAUCUACAGUGACCUGGCUGACCUGACCCUGAAGCACGGCUGGAGGACUGGCGCCAUCAUCCCUGAGCUGAGGAAAGAGAUCAAGAUCAUGAACACUGAGGAAUGUGUUCACCUGAUGACCUGGUUACAGGGUCUGACUGGGCUGAUAGAACACAUGCAGGUCCACAGAGAUCCAGCUUCUCAAGCUGUCGUCCAGGAGUGGAUUGAAGAGAGAGAAGCCAUGAGAUCGCAGACAAAGGACAUCUUCAACGGCCAGUUUGGGAGUCUCUUCCGGACGUACCACAACCCCACCUACUUCUCCCGUCGCCUGUCUCGUUUCGCAGACAUCUACAUGGCGUCCCUCAGCUGUCUGCUCAACUAUGACUUCCAUCACACCUUCUUCCCCCGUCGUACGCCCCUGCAACACGAGUCACCCUUCUGGCCCGAGCAGACCAGCGCCGGGGCCCUGAAGAUGCCCUUCAUACCCCCACAGAACCACAACUGAAGAGUAGAAAGGGGGGGGGGGUUCAGUGUGACACCCCGCCUGGGCUUGACUCAGACUAGAGAGGCUAGGGUGACGGGUUUCACUGCGACACUCCGUCCAAGACCUGAUCUGACUAGAGAAGGGGGAGGGGGAAGGGGUUCAUUGUGACACUCUGUCUUGACCUGCUCUGACUAGAGAAGGGGGAGGGGGAAGGGGUUCAUUGUGACACUCUGUCUUGACCUGCUCUGACUAGAGAAGGGGGAGGGGGAAGGGGUUCAUUGUGACACUCUGUCUUGACCUGCUCUGACUAGAGAAGGGGGAGGGGGAAGGGGUUCAUUGUGACACUCUGUCUUGACCUGCUCUGACUAGAGAAGGGGGAGGGGGAAGGGGUUCAUUGUGACACUCUGUCUUGACCUGCUCUGGACACAGAUCUCUCAAAUACCUGUUUCACUCUAUCAUGCUGACCUGAAACAUACUGUCAUUCCCAGUACAGUUCCUUCAACUAUAGUAUAUAUGUAAACAAGGCAGCUGAAUAGGGUGUAAAGGGUAGAAGAUGGCGUACGGGACUCUGCUGACUUGGAUUUACUGUCUCUAUUUUCCACUGAUUUCAUCUCAUGUUGACCUUACGCUGUCAGUAACUUCAAUAAUGACUGCUUUUAUAAUCUCACUAUUAUAUGUGUAGUUUGAAUUAAAAACAGUAAGUGGUGAACUCUUAAAUAUUUCUGCAAUGUUUCUGUUUUAGGUUGAAAACUAGCGGUACGUUUGCUUAGUACGCUAUACCAAACACGACACAAUACGUUUGCUUAGUACGCUAUACCAAACACGACACAAUACGUUUGCUUAGUACGCUAUACCAAACACGACACAAUACGUUUGCUUGAAUGUUCUUGACACACAUACAGUAUGGAACCAAAUAACGAUUUACUCAGAUCUGCAAAAUUUCAUCCAAACAAUAUACAGUUGAAGUCAGAAGUUUACAUACACCUCAGCCAAAUACAUUUAAACUCAGUUUUUCACAAUUCCUGACAUUUAAUCCUCGUACAAAAUUCCCUGUCUUAGGUCAGUUAGGAUCACCACUUUAUUUUAAGAAUGUGAAAUGUCAGAAUAAUAGAGAGAAUGAUUUAUUUCAGCUUUUAUUUCUUUCAUCACAUUCCCAGUCGGUCAGACGUUUACAUACACUCAAUUAGUAUUUGGUAGAAUUGCCUUUAAAUUGUUUAACUUGGGUCAAAUGUUUCGAGUAGCCUUCCACAAGCUUCCCACAAUAAGUUGGGUGAAUUUUGGCCCGUCCCUCCCUCCGAGCUGGUAUAACUGAGUCAGGUUUGUAGGCCUCCUUGCUCGCACAUAAUUUUUUCAGUUCUGCCCACAAAUGUUCUAUGGUAUUGAGGUCAGGGCUUUGUGAUGGCUACUCCAAUAUCUUGACUUUGUUGUCCUUAAGCCAUUUUUCCACAACUUUGGAAGUAUGCUUGUGGUCAUUGUCCAUUUGGAAGACCCAUUUACGACCAAGCUUUUACACUCCUUGACUGAUGUCUUGAGAUGUUGCUUCAAUAUAUCCACAUAAUUUUCCUCUCUCAUGAUGCCAUCUAUUUUGUGAAGUGCACCAGUCCCUCCUGCAGCAAAGCAGCCCCACAACAUGAUGCUGCCACCCCCGUGCUUCACGGUUGGGAUGGUGUUCUUCGGCUUGCAAGCCGCCCCCUUUUUCCUCCCAACAUAACGAUGGUCAUUAUGGCCAAACAGUUCUAUUGUUGUUUCAUCAGACCAGAGGACUUUUCUCCAAAAAGUACGAUCUUUGUCCCCAUGUGCAGUUGCAAACCGUAGUCUGGCUUUUUUUAUGGUGGUUUUUGAGCAGUGGCCUCUUCUUUGCUGAGCGGCCUUUCAGGUUAUGUCGAUAUAGGACUCGUUUUACUGUGGAUAGAUACUUUUCUACCUGUUUCCUCCAGCAUCUUCACAAGGUCCUUUGCUGUUGUUCUGGGAUUGAUUUGCACUUUUCGCACCAAAGUACGUUCAUCUCUAGGAGACAGAACAUGUCUCCUUCCUGAGUGGUAUGACGGCUGUGUGGUCCCAUGGUGUUUAUACUUGCGUGCUAUUGUUUGUACAGAUGAACGUGGCACCUUCAGGCAUUUGGAAAUUGCUCCCAAGGAUGAACCAGACUUGUGGAGGUCUACAAUUUCUUUUCUGGGGUCUUGGCUGAUUUCUUUUGAUUUUCCCAUGAUGUCAAGCAGAGGCACUGAGUUUGAAGGUAGACCUUGAAAUACAUCCACAGGUACACCUCCAAUUGACUAAAUGAUGUCAAUUAGCCUAUCAGAAGCUUCUAAAGCCUUGACAUAAUUUUCUGGAAUUUUCCAAGCUGUUUAAAGGCACAGUCAACUUAGUGUAUGUAAACUUCUGACCCACUGGAAUUGUGAUAGUGAAUUAUAAGUGAAAUAAUCUGUCUGUAAACAAUUGUUGGAAAAAUUACUUGUGUCAUGCACUGACUUGCCAAAACAAUAGUUUGUUAACAAGAAAUUUGUGGAGUGGUUGAAAAACAAUUUUUAAUGACUCCAACCUAAGUGUAUGUAAACUUCCAACUUCAACUGUGCAUGAUGGGAUGUUAAUUGAUUCAUUAACUCUGGAACCACAUCUGUGUGGUAGCACCUGCUUUCAAUAUACUUUGUAUCCCUCCAUUUCCUCCUAUGUUUCCAUGGUUUCGGAAGUUACAUGUUUGUGUAAACAAAGGAACAGUUGGUUAUAAGGGACUUUUAACCAAUGGUGGUCUUAGAACCAAUCACAACAGAGAAAGACAAGAUAUAAACAAACUAGUUGAAUAUCUUGACAUUUUGACAUGUUCAAGACACACUCUGAAAUGCCUUAAGCUUUUGAACACUAUAACUGCACUGUAGAUAUAUCUGUCAUGCUUUAGAACAGGCUCUAUUUACCCUGGUAAUAAGGUAGAUACCCUAAAAUCAUACUUUGCACAAAGGCUUUAUCGUUAUUAAUAGUCCUUAGUAGUUAAGGUACUAACCACAUUGAUAGACACAACUGAUAGGAACAGUCAGUUUACAACAGAAUGUUCCUAUUUUUUUAUAGAAAAGAGGUCAUAUUCUGUAUUUCAUGGACAAAUGUCUGUAUCAUUGUGGCCAGUAAUUUCUAUGCUGUAUUUGAGUUGCUUGGCUAUAUUUUUUGUUGUUUGCUUUCAUAAACAUUCUUCUUUAAAAAAAAAAAAAAACGUGCUUUUAAUCUAUAUCUAGAUAUAACAUUGUGUUGAAAUCAUUGACUUUGCACUGAAAUGUUCAGAAAAUAGUUGUAUUAGUUUUGUGGGGGAAACUAACAAUAAAAUAACUUCCGUUUCUUGUCAUGAUACGGUCAGAAUGUUUGAGAAAUCUAUUCUAUUAUCUCUAUAUUCUAAUUCUAUUAUCUCUCUUUUGAGAUAGAUUGUUCAUGGUUGAAAAAGCGAAAAAGUGGUCUUGCUGGGAAAAACUCACAUUGAGAGAACUUUUAUCCAAUGCUUGUAUAUUUUACAUAAAUAUCCAUCUUGUAAUUUAUAUUUUUCUUUCUUUGUGAGUGUGUUUUUGAUUUGAUUAUGAAUUAAAGAUGGCAAUGUCCUAA